AUGGACAUCAAGUUUUGCAAGACCAACCUCCUCAUUGAGCACAAGGAGUUGGAUGGGAGGUUCCAAUUCAAGUUCACACAUCCAUUGUUGGGCAUGAGGAUGAUUUGCGAGAAGAGGAGCCUGAGCUCGAUCGAGCUGAGUCGAGCUGAGGUCGAGCUGAGGAUCGAGCUGAAUAUCAGGUCCAGGAGCGCUGAUUUGGGUGAGCCUGAGUGCUAUUACUUUGAGGAGUAUGAGGCUCCAAGGAUGAACCCCUCUGUUGUGGCUGCCACAAGAGGAUUGGACUUCUCCAAAAGUUCAACAAAUGGCAAGGGAAAGCCAUUGAGAAGAUGCAAAAGUCCAUGGACAAGAUGGUGA